AGUGUCGUCUGCUUAUCGAGCGAGUCAGACGACAGACAGAGCACAGAGGACAGUCAGCUGGGUAGCGAAGUUGUGUACUGUGGUCUUAAUUGCGAUUUUCAUUUAUCCAGCGCAUAAGUAAAAUACUGAGCGCCUUGAAGAAGUUAUCCACAGCGACGCGGAGACAACAACGGCCAUUUCUUCUGAUCUCCAAACGCCUAGCGAGCGGGACGCAGUACCGUAGGAUGUCGGAGGAAGAGCAAGCCAAGAAGGAGGUGCGGGUGUUCGGGCGUCCGGCGCUCUCGUCCAAGGUGGCCAUGUUCCAGAAGAAGGCCGAGGAGCACCAGAAGGGCCAGAUGGACAACCCUUUCUCCGAGUGGGAAGGGGCAUCGCACAGGGAGGCGCUGUCCAAGGACGACCCCAGGUACGGACACCCCGUGGAAGGCUCCAAGACAGAGAAGCGCGGUCAGCAGGCUGGCUCCCUGAUCAGCAGCGAGAUCCGCGUGCUCUGCGAGAACCUGCACGAGUUCGGCACCGCCCAGGACGACGGGACGGUGUCCAUCACCUUCGGGGAACUCUUCCAGCUGUACCAGUCCAUCUCUAACAAGGUGGUGGGCAUCCUGCUACGCGCUCGCAAGCACGGCCUGGUCGACUUCAAAGGUGAGAUGCUGUUCCAGCGGAGGGACGACGACGUGGUCAUCACCCUCGUCAAGCCCCUGCACGAGCUCUACCAGGAGAUGGGCUACGACAAGCAGGCGUACGAGCGCCAGGAGGCACAGGCCAGGGAAGCCCAGGCCCGAGAAGCCAAGAAGAAGGCCUAGGCACUGCAGCGGAAUCGUCGAAUUCUUGGCUUUCGGCCUACAGUCUAAAAAGAAGUCU